UUUUACUGGCUCCUCUUGCAUUUAAGUUACAAUCCUCCCUCAUCUUCAAAUUUCUUCUAACAUGGGGACAAACAAUAUUGUCUUUCUUCUGCUAUUUUUGCCAUGCAUAGUUCGAGGCAGCAUAAUAGAUGACUAUGUGAAAACAGAAGGUGCAUGGACACUUGGUAGAGAGAGGUUUUAUUAUAAAGCCAAAGAUGAGGUGGAGUGUGCAGAAAAAUGUGAAGCUGAAACUAAAUUCAUUUGUAGGUCAUUUUUGCUUAGUUCAAAAACUCAACUUUGCGCUACAUUGCCAGAUAACCGCAAGUCUUCAACAGUAACUAGACGAAGUGACGUAACCUUCUAUGAAAAAAUAAAAUUUCUUGAAGACUGCAUACAAGGUAAUGGCAAGGAUUACAGAGGAACUGAAGCCAAAACAUCUUCAGGAAAAACAUGUCAGGAAUGGUCUUCAACGGUGCCACAUCUGCCAAACAUUACACCUGCAAGGUUUCCUAAUGCUGGCUUAGAGGCAAAUUUUUGUCGCAAUCCAGAUGGAGACGCCAAUGGACCGUGGUGUUAUACUACAGAUCCUGCCACUAGGUUUGAAUACUGCAAAAUUCCUCAGUGUGAAGAGGAGUGUAUGCACUGCAGUGGAGAAAAUUACAGAGGGAAGAUUUCAACGACAGAAUCUGGAACUGAAUGUCAAGAAUGGGAAAACCAAACCCCUCAUACUCAUGGUUAUAUCCCUUCAAAUGUUCCAGAAAAGAACCUUAUAAAGAAUUAUUGCCGUAAUCCAGAUGGAGAACCUCGCCCUUGGUGUUUUACUACCAACCCAAGCAAACGAUGGGAAUUCUGCAAUAUUCCGCGUUGUGCUACAAAACCACCUCCAUCCACUCCGGGAGAGCAAUGCCUUUCGGGUAAGGGAGAGUCAUACAGAGGAAAUAUUGCUGUUACUGUAUCAGGAAAAACAUGUCAAUCUUGGAGUUCUCAGGCACCUCAUAAACACUCCAGAACCCCAGAGAACUACCCUUGCAAGAAUCUAGAGAGAAACUACUGUAGGAAUCCAGAUGGGGAGACCCUGCCCUGGUGCUAUACCACAGACAGUGACUCACGAUGGGAAUACUGUGAAAUACCUAGCUGUAAUGCUCCAACUGCAGGUCCAUCUGUACCAAUUGCUCCUGCUCCAGGAUUAGAAUGUUAUGACGGAAGUGGUUCCACGUAUCGUGGCACAACAUCAUUGACUGUCACAGGAAAGAAAUGUCAGGCUUGGGGUUCAUCAAUACCUCAUAACCAUGAAAAAACACCAGCAAAUUAUCCAAAUGCGGGACUUGAGAAAAAUUACUGCAGGAAUCCAGAUAAUGAUAAAGGUCCGUGGUGUUUUACCACAGAUCCUAGUGUGAGAUGGGAAUUCUGCAAUUUGAAAAAAUGCAAUGAAGUGACACAAACUGUACAAAAGCCUGGUCAAGUAACACAGGCACCUAUUACCCAAGACUGCAUUUCGGGUAAAGGUGAAGAUUACCGUGGCACCAUAUCUACCACUAUUAAAGGUCAUACAUGCCAGGCAUGGAGUUCCCAUUCACCACAUGAACAUUCAAGUAUCACACCAACAACACAUCCUCAGUCUGGCUUGGAUAAAAAUUACUGCAGAAAUCCUGAUGGAGAUGUCAAUGGACCAUGGUGCUUCAUUACAACACCUGGACCCCUAAAAUGGGAUUACUGUGACAUACCUCGUUGUGCCUCUAGUGAGAUUGAAUGUGGCAAACCAAAGAAAACACAAAGAAAGUGUUUUGGGAGAAUCGUUGGAGGGUGUGAAGCAAAUCCUCAUUCUUGGCCCUGGCAAAUCAGCAUUCGAACAAACUUUGGAAUGCACUUUUGUGGAGGAACUCUAAUUAAUCCACAAUGGGUUCUCACAGCGGCACACUGCUUGGAAAGAUCAAACAGGCCGGCUUCAUAUAGGAUAUACCUUGGAAUACAUAAAGAAACUGGAAAUGAGCCAUCCAAACAAAUCAGAGAUGUUGAGAAGUUAAUCAAGCCACGUGGUGAUUCAGAUAUUGCCUUAAUGAAACUAAGCAGCCCUGCUUUGAUAACAGAUGAAGUUCUCCCAGUUUGCUUACCACCAGAGAAUUAUGUAGUGCCAGACCGAGCAGAAUGCUAUGUAACAGGAUGGGGUGAAACAAAAGGUACUGGAAAAGAAGGUGUACUAAAAGAAGCUGGUUUUCCUGUCAUUGAAAAUAAAGUAUGUAACAGCCCAGAGUAUCUUCAAAAUAAGGUUACAAGCAAGGAGCUCUGUGCCGGUAACAUUCAUGGAGGUGUUGACAGCUGUCAGGGUGACAGUGGAGGACCCCUUUCUUGCUUUGAUGGAGAAAAAUAUAUAAUACAGGGGGUUACUUCUUGGGGCCUUGGAUGUGCACAGCCAAUGAAACCAGGUGUAUAUGUACGCGUCUCUAUGUUUAUCUCAUGGAUUGAAAAGACAAUAAAAGAAAAUUAAGUAAUUUAAAUUUUUUUGAAUAACUGUGAUCAACUGAGAAAUAUUAAAAAGUAUUACUAAAAUAAAAACAACAUUUUCAUAACGUA